UCACUCUGUGUUUGACAUUGACAGUGACAGUUCUUCGUGUGCUAACGUGGGUCGGCUACGCUGUGCCUUUUCCUUUACGAAAAUUAUUUAGGAUCGGCGGCCAAAAAUAGCGACACCAUGAAGAUCUCCUGCAAUAAAUCUAACCCGCCUUUAGGUGGUUUGCUCGCUGUAGAGCUGUACCGGGCUGCCGGGAAGAGUAUCGAGGUGUCAUGGGGAGCUGACUCCACCGUUACCCUGCCUAAUGGGUCUAAAACCGUGCCAUAUGGAACUAGUAAUGAUUUGAUAAGAAUACUGGAGAAUGCAUUCAAUAAAGCUGCCGGACCGCUCCAAAAGGUCACAAUGAACCAUUGGCUGUCGUUCAGCCUCAUCUUGGACGACGAGAUCCCGAAAUCAAUUGACUAUCUGGAUAAAACGUUGGGUGCAUUGACAUAUCUAGUCGGAGAGGCCUUAUCAGUCAGUGAUUUGGCUGUGUUUAGUGUGCUUCACGUAUCCAGCAAGUUUAAGGAGAUCUCCAAAUCCGGUGCCCCCGCCAACAUUCUGCGUUGGAUGAAGCUGAUCCAGGCCCAGCCACCCGUGGCUAAAGCUCUGAAAGAACUGCCUGCAGACACCCUGGAGAAUCUCUCCAAGGCAUCUUCUAGGAGGUCACCACCAGCCGGUGAUGCCUCGGGCCCCAAGCAAGAGGGCAAGUUUGUGGAUCUGCCACACGCGGAGAUGGGAAAGGUCGUCGUUCGAUUCCCACCUGAAGCGUCAGGCUACCUGCACAUUGGGCACGCGAAGGCUGCGCUGCUGAACCAAUACUACCAGCAAGCGUUCGAGGGUAAACUUGUCAUGAGAUUUGAUGACACCAACCCCGCUAAGGAGAACGUCGAAUUUGAGAAGGUGAUCCUCGAAGACGUAGAGAUGCUGGAAAUCAAGCCGGACCUCUUCACCCACACGUCCCAGUACUUCGACCUGAUGCUCCAAUACUGCGAGCAGCUGAUCAAGGAGGGCAAGGCUUUCGUAGAUGACACCCCGGCCGAGCAGAUGAAGAAUGAGAGAGAACAGAAGGUUGACAGCAAGAAUAGGAACAAUUCGGUGCAAAAGAACAUGCAACUCUGGGAAGAAAUGAAGAAAGGAUCAUCCACCGGCGUCCAGUGCUGCGUCCGAGCCAAGAUCGACAUGCAAUCAGCGAACGGGUGCAUGCGGGACCCCACAAUAUACCGUUGCAAGCCUGAGCCACACCCCCGGACCGGCACGCAGUACAAGGUGUACCCAACAUACGACUUCGCGUGCCCCAUAGUGGACGCCGUGGAAGGCGUCACGCACGUCCUACGCACGAUGGAGUAUCACGACCGCGACCCGCAGUUCUACUGGUUCAUCGACGCCCUGGGGCUGAGGAAACCUUACAUCUGGGAGUACAGCCGGUGA